AAAUGUGCCAGCCAUCUUGAGCGUCUUUUCAUGUACUACGACGCCGCGUACGGAGUCUUGCGCGCCCAGUGCGCAUUGUGGCAGUGGUGUUGUGCCUGUGCUGCGCCGAUUGUGGACAGCCCGCAAGACCUACCGCGCUGCAAGUUUGCCGCUGCACCCGCCGCCAGUCAUGGCACAUUGGGUGUCGGUUCUACGAUCACUGCCUCUAGCACACCAAUAUCUUCGUAGCCACCAGCACUGCCCUGCAAUGCAAAGAAGCGCGCAUCUCAGUUCGCACUGCUUUUAGGCCAUGGACUCAAAGAAGAGUCCCAAUCGACGUCCGAAGCGGCAGGCGCCGCCAUCCAAAGAGGAACAAGUGUGGGACUGCAGUGUUUGUACGUACCGCAACACGGCCGAGGCCUUCAAGUGCCUCAUGUGCGACGUACGCAAAGGAACGUCUACCAGGAAGCCGCGCUUGAAUGCGCAGCUGGUGGCUCAGCAGCUCGGCCCAAGCAGCGGCCGCAGGGGCUCAAGCAGCCGGCGAGGGAGCGGGGGUCCCGGUGGGGAUGCCAGCAACAGCUCGCGCGGUACCACCCGUCCCCGCCUCAAGAACGUAGACCGGUCCUCGGGUCAGCAGCGGGCCGUCACAGUCAACAACGUUACGGUCAUCAUCACCGAAUUCCAGCCCAAGCGACUCUCUGAUGCCUCCUCCUCAACUGACGGAGCACACUCGGACGGACACGCAGAAGCACGCUAAGCUUCA